GCCGAGGCACGAAGAGGAGCCUCCCCUGCGGGCGGGCUGAGGCCGGUUCGGGCCCUCUGCGGCUGCGGACCGGCCGCCCCAUGCGGGCUCCGUCCCCCGCGGCCGCUGCCGCCCGCGCCGGGAUGGAGGCGCAGGGCAGCCGCCGGCAGCAGCUCCCUGUCCUGCUGCUCUGGGUUAAUGGUCUAAUGACACUUGGAUUCGCAGGUGCAUGUCAACAGACUGAGCUCUGCAAUGAAUCUCUCAUGUUAGAAAAGUUGCCUGCCUGUGGAAAGUCCUUUGAAGAGAUGAUGAAGAAAGUGGACUCAAAAAAGUGGUGCAACCUUACAGAAUUUAUCAUGUAUUAUGAAAGCUUUACCCAGUGCACAGAACGUGAAGCCAACAAUGCAAGUUGCUUUUGGCCAAACCCCCUUGCAGAAGGCUUUAUCACUGGAAUUCAUAAACAAUUCUUUUCAAACUGUACUUCAGAAAAGGUUCACUGGGAAGAUCCACCGGAUGAAAUUCUCAUAACACUGAUCUUGAUCCCAGUCAUGUUGACAUGUGCUAUGAUAACACUGGUAGUAUGGUGCAGCAAGAGAAGUGAUCUCUUGGUGUAAGUUCUUCCUCUGGGCUUUCUUUUUCUUCAUUUCUUUCUUCCCUAAACACUGAGAAAGGAGGAUAAAGAGAGGAACAUGGCAUAAAUAUUUCAGAUCUGCUGAAAUGGAACCAGUGAGAUACUGAGAUGCUCCCAUAAAUGAAGAGUUGCCUGCUGCUGCUGCUGCUGCGUCACUGCUUCUGUCUUGACCAUGAGUAUUGCUGGUGGACAACUCUACUUCCAUCAAGCCUCAUCAGCAUGGAAUUCACAGGCAGCUUCCAGAAACAGGAGAGUUCCCAGGCAAAUGGACCCCUUGUCUGCAAAAGGAAUAAAGUUACUUUCCUGUGGGCAAAGAUGGCUGUUAAAGUUUUGCAAAGCUGUAUGUCUGUAAUACUGACUUGGGGGGAAGUGAUAUCUCUUGAGGUUUUGUGCAGGAUGCUCAAGGUUUUAAUCUGUGAACCCUGUGACUUGGAGAGAUCCCUGGCACAGGAACUGAUUAGGGAUAUAACCAGGUGGCAGCUUUUUUUAGAAGCUAGUCAAAAUUAUCAUUAUCAAAACUGGGAAGUAUUUUUCUGGCAAAGAAACAACUCCUGUGUCUACAACUAUCUGCACAGAGAAAUUAUCCUGCCACAUUAUAAAAUAGUUUAUAAAAUUCCUUUAAGGAUGGCUGCUUGGAAUUGUAUGUUUUACAAACAU